AUGGAGUGUGGCCCUUGCAAGUGGCUGGAAAAGAAACGUCAAUCUCGCUGCCUGGUUCUUGUUGUGGUUUUCGUGGCUCUGCUGUUGGAUAACAUGCUUCUUACAGCAGUCGUUCCAAUUAUCCCAUCUUUCCUCUAUGACACGGAGUAUAAUCAUGAAAACGCAUCGAUGACAUAUUCGUCUUCUCCAACCCCCGCCACCAACUCUACGAUCAUCUCCACAAUGUCUUUGAGAGAUAAUUCUACAAUAUUCAUCGGUGGUCAAUAUAAUGAAAACACGGGUAACGAAUCCCAGGGUCUCCUAAAUGAUGGGCCCUGCUACAGCGGAGUUGGCUUCUUGCAAGAUGAAAAUGUACGCAUCGGUCUACUGUUUGCCUCCAAAGCCAUGUUGCAGCUCUUGGUUAACCCAUUAGUGGGUGUAAUCACCAACAGGUUUGGAUAUGAUGCCCCAAUGUUCUGCGGAUUUAUCAUCAUGUUCUUUUCUACCAUAAUGUUUGCUUUUUCUGGGACAUACACACUUCUUUUUUUGGCCAGGGCUAUGCAGGGCAUUGGGUCGUCUUUUUCAAGUGUUGCAGGUCUGGGGAUGCUGGCCAGCGUGUAUCCCGAUGACUUUGAGAGAGGCAAAGCUAUGGGAAUAGCACUGGGAGGACUCGCUUUGGGGGUGCUUUCGGGUGCUCCAUUUGGUUCUAUCAUGUAUGAAUUUGUUGGGAAGUCUUCUCCGUUCUUGGUCCUGGCAAUCUUGGCUCUCCUUGAUGGAGUUCUUCAAUUGUGUAUUUUGAGGCCUUCCACUUUUUCCCCAAGUACCAAUGCCCCAACACCUUACAUUACUUUACUCAAGGACCCGUAUAUUAUGGUCGCUGCUGGUUCUCUCUGCAUUGCUAAUAUGGCUAUUGGAAUUCUGGAAUCCACUCUGCCCAUUUGGAUGAUGGAAACCAUGUGUUCCCCCAACUGGCAACUAGGUGUUGUGUUCUUGCCUGCUAGCCUCACUUACCUGUUAUGUACGAAUCUUUUUGGAACCUUGUCACACAAAAUGGGAAGGUGGCUCUGCUCGAUGGUUGGGAUGGUAGUCGAAGGAGUCAGCCUCUUGUGUCUGCCCCUUGCUGUCAAUAUCUAUGGACUCAUUGGUCCUAAUACUGGGAUUGGCAUUGCCUUGGGAAUGGUGGACUCCUCAAUAAUGCCUAUUAUGGGAUAUCUUGUUGAUCUACGUCACACGUCCGUCUAUGGUGGGGUAUACGCCAUUUCUGAUAUUGCUUUCUGCUUGGGGUUUGCCUUGGGUCCAGCAGUCGGAGGCCCAAUAGCAAAGACAAUUGGAUUUUCCUGGUUAAUGGUAAUUAUUGGUGUUGCAAAUAUUCUUUACGCCCCUCUCUGCAUCUUCCUGCGCAAUCCACAGGCAAAGGAGGAAAAACAGGCAAUCCUAAACCCAGAGUGUUCAAUGCAGACGAGAACUUACAUGACUCAGAAAAUAUCACCGGAUCUGCAACUCUCAGACCCCAGUGAUGACGAAAUUACUAAUACCCCAAACGGUACCAAGAUGACCCUUCACUGACCAGAAGCACCGCCAUCAGGAAGUACUCUGAAGGGUGACAUUACUCAAGAUCUUGUAAAUAUCCAGAACAUGCACAGCUGCUGAG